UUUAUUUUCUUUUCCAGUGGUUUUAAUAUUAUGAAUAUUUUUAUGGAAAAUUGAAAAAUUUUUAUGUAAGUUUCAAGUACAUACUACGUACGUGGUUUAAGUACUGUAAUAGCUUUGCAGACUGUAAGAAUUAUGGAAUUUUAGGUUGGUGUAAUUUGAGAGAAUUAUAAGUGAGGUUUGAAUUAAGUACUGUAUUAUCAUCCUGCGACCUGCAUGUAUUUAAACACCACCGCUGUCUUACAACUUCCAAGCCCUUUCCUCCUGUCUUUGGGCGCAGUUUACAUGGAAUCUGCAUUAUCUAAUCACCUGAUGUCAGUAAAAGGAUGAAGCGGAUUUUCUGGAUACCGUAAGUAACGCUUAACAAAGCAUGACCAUGCUAUGAAAACCUCCGCGAACUGUUCUCGGACGACGGAUCGACAAAUCAGCCUUUGAUCGCCUCCCGAAACUUGAAUAUGGACAUCGCAGCUGGACUCCGCUACUGUGCCAUGCUCUCCAAGAGCCGCUUAACAGGGCUUGUUGUUGCCACCACGAUGUCAGGUUACGCGAUGGCUCCGGGAGUGAUCAGUCCAUCGACGCUUGCGCUGGUUACGGUCGGUACCGCUUUGACAUCGUCCGCCGCAAAUUCCUUCAACCAGUUCCUGGAGAUUCCCUACGACUCCCAGAUGACUCGAACUCGAAAUAGAGUUUUGGUUAAAGGAGUAAUUAGUCCUUUGCAUGCCGUGACUUUUGGUCUCGUAUCCGGAGUGGCGGGUAUUGCUACGUUAGCUGCUGGCGUGAAUCCGAUUACCGCUUGUCUGGGCGCAGCUAACCUGAUGCUGUAUGCAUCUAUUUAUACACCCAUGAAACGCGUUAGCAUCGCCAACACGUGGAUAGGAGCCGUGGUAGGAGCUAUUCCUCCCAUUAUGGGAUGGACAGCGUGCACGGGAUCUAUUGACACAGGCGCACUUAUUCUGGGUGGGAUUCUUUAUUGUUGGCAGUUUCCUCAUUUUAAUGCUUUAAGUUGGAAUUUGCGAGGGGAUUACUCGCGUGCCGGCUACAGAAUGAUGUGUGUUACGGAUCCCGGUUUGUGCCGCAGAACGUCGCUUAGGCACUCGGUUCUCCUUAGCGGUUUGUGUUUCCUAUCGCCCGUCGUCGGAUUAACGACAUGGAUGUUUGCAUUGGAUUCUUUGCCUUUAAAUUUGUACAUGAUGUAUUUAUGUUAUCGCUUUUACGAGUCAGCCGACAGUCAAACGUCGCGUAAACUGUUCCGCUACAGUUUAAUCUAUUUACCUUCUCUUAUGAUUUUAAUGUUUAUAAGUAAAAAUCGGGAAACCAUCAAGCCGAGCACGGAUGAGGAGCGUGUUGAUGUGCCAAAGCUCAAGGAUAAAAGUGAUACCAGUACCGUUGUUGUAAAUACUAAUAAAGAAAACCAAUAACCAUCGUUGCUGUGUAUGGGCUAUUGUUUAUGAUUUUUCCCUAUCCGAAUAUCGAAGCACUUCUUUUGAUUGCGUUGUUCAGGAACAUCAUCGGGGUGUAAUCUCUGUGUUCAUGUGACUGUGCCGCAGCGAUCGAGUGCAUUUCCACUCCACAAGUUGGGCAAACCUUUUGAAG